GUGUGCGUGUGUGUGCGUGUGUGUGUGCAGAGGAGGAGGACGACUUAUCAGCACAUUCUGUGCACAUUGACUGCUCUGUAAGGACGUGACUAUGACAGCUGUGGGUCCGAGGCGCUGGAUUUAAAAAGAUCCCUGGCUCCAAGGGGUUAAUAUACCCAUGGCUUGAGAUCAGGAAGCGGGAGCCGAGGGAAAAAGCUUACUCAAGGAAUCGUUCACCUGCAGCCUGUAACGUUUACCGGUUCGCCGGCAUACGGAGAAGAGCGGGCGGCAUGUCUGAACAGGUGGCAGCAGUGGCUGGAGGUGUGAUUGGGUUUGUCCUAUUUUUGCUUCUGGUUGGCGUCGGAAUCUACGUUUUGUGGAAAAAAUUCUGCCUUUCGCCAUCGUAUGAAGAACUUUUCAAUGUAUUGAGUCCGACACACACAGGUGCGAUAGCUGUGGAUCCAGUGGACCAUACCAAGGAGCCGGGGAUAAAAAAUGUCCCGUUCAUUCUGCCCCCCAAGUUUCAAGGACGAGACUGGGUUGGUUUGGAAAAUGGAGAACGGAUUCAAGAAGACAGUGAACCCUACAUCGCCCCAGAUUUUCUUCCUCGGUCAUCCUUCUGUUCAAUGGGGAGCGCGUAUGUCCUGGGCUCCAUCAACCCCGCUCUGUACAAGUAUACCGAUGACAACGAAGAAACCGAUUUCCCAGAGGGUAAUAUCGGGCGGAUUUGGUUCGCGGUGGAAUACGAACACGAGUCCGAGAGGCUCGUGGUGUCCUUGAUCAGAGUGAGGAAUCUCCACUUCGCCUCGGAUUCAUGUAACCCUUUUGUGAAGAUACAUCUCCUGCCAGACGAGAGGCGCUAUCUGCAGUCCAAAACCAAGCGAAAAACCCUGAACCCCCAGUUUGAUGAAAACUUUGUGUUCCAGGUUUCAGGUAAAACAUUACAUCAAAGAACCCUGAGAUUUUCGGUUUAUCACGUCGAUAAAAUAAAGAAACACCACUUUUUGGGGCAGGUUCUGUUCUCGUUAAAGACUGAGAACGUGACGGAGGACUGCAGACUUUUAUUUUGGAGGGACUUGGAAGUUGAGAAUCAGGAGCCGCCUUCGGAGUACGGAGAUAUCCAGUUCUCUCUCAGCUACAACGACUACCUCGGGCGUCUGACGGUAGUGGUCCUGCGGGCCAAGGGUCUACAGUUUCAGGAGGAACGUGGGGCUAUCUGUUCCGCGUUCAUCAAGGUGUCGCUAAUGAACCACAACAAAUUUAUUAAAUGUAAAAAGACAGCCGUGGUCCGAGGGACCCCGAAUCCCGUUUACAAUGAAACCUUCAGCUUCAAGCUGGAGCCGAAGGAGCUGGAUACCGCAAGCUUAAGUUUGGCCGUCCUUCAGAGCAGAGGAGACGGAAAUCUCUCGCUGGGUCGGGUGGUGGUCGGACCGUUCAUGUACACCCGGGGCCGAGAGCUGGAACACUGGAAUGAGAUGCUCAACAAGCCCAAAGAAAUGAUAAAACGAUGGCACUCCCUGUGCGUCAGCAGCUGAAACGGAGGAUCUGUCUGGUUGUUGAGAAG